ACUUUUUAAAAAAAGUAUAUGGCUGAGGAUAUAAUAAUACCUGAACCCACGGAGGCUGAAUCAGCUGCUAUUAAAUCCAUUAAAGAAGAAGAUGUGCAUAAAAUCUGCUCUGGCCAGGUGAUUUUAACAUUGGCUGUAGCAGUUAAAGAACUUGUGGAGAAUGCAUUAGAUGCAGGGGCCAAAAACGUUGAAGUGAAGCUUAGAGAUAAAGGCUUAGAAGCAGUCGAAGUUUGUGACGAUGGUUGUGGAGUCCAGCCAAAUGACUUGGGGAGCAUGACCGCCAAAUAUCACACUUCGAAAAUUCAAAAAUUCCAAGAUCUCCAAUCUAUAGAAACAUUUGGUUUUAGGGGCGAAGCUUUGAGCUCUCUCUGUGCUCUCACGGAAAUGUCUAUAAUAACACGCCAUCGCGAUUGCACUGAAGCAAUUAAAAUUGUCCUAGAUCAUAAAGGAAAAAUAAUAUCUCGCUCUUGUCAUACACGCGCUCCAGGAACAACGGUUCUGUUAACUAACCUCUUUGUUACUUUACCAGUACGCCGUAAAGACUUUGAACGCAAUAUUAAGAAGGAAUUCGCCAAAAUGUGCCAGAUUUUGCAAGCAUACUGUUUAGUAUCCACAGGAAUACGCAUACGUUGUACGAAUCAGGCGGCAAAUGGUGCUUCUUCACUGAUUAUGAUGACACAAGGUCGAGAAGACGUCUUAAGUAAUAUAUAUGCAAUAUUUGGGAAACCAAAAUUAGGGGAAAUUAUAAAAUUGGAAUCUCCCUUAAAAGAUAAUAAGGGCGAUAUUCUAACCCAGGAUGAAUUAAUUUCAGCAUUGCAAGCAAAUGCAGGCGAUAACGCAAACAUAACAAAAGAAGAUAUUUCUUCAUUAUAUAGUAGGGAAUUUGAAUUAGAAGGUUAUAUAUCUAGUUGUGCCCACGGUUCUGGGCGUUCAUCGAAAGACCGACAAUUUUUCUAUGUCAACUCUCGUCCCUGCGAUUUGAAGAAUAUAUCCAAGGCUGUUAACGACUGUUAUCACUCCUUCAAUAAUUCUCAAUAUCCCUUCGUUUAUUUGAAUAUUAUUACCAGCCGGCAAGAAGUUGAUGUUAAUCUAACCCCUGAUAAACGCCAAUUGAUGCUUAGCAAUGAGAAGCUUUUGUUAUCUCUUGUGAGGAGAUCUCUUCACCUCACUUUUGAUCAGAUACCUGCCACCUACAAACUUCAAAAUACGACCAUUUCAGAUAUGCAGUCUCAAGCAAAUAAUGCUGAUCUGGAAAGUAUUGAUCUAAUACCACUGAGUACGGCGGAAAAAUUUCGCAAUGUGCUUUCGCAAUGGAAACGUACCGGGGAUACGGCGGGCAAGGCUCCCAAUGUUACCACAAAACGUAAAUGUUUAGAUGAAAUCACAGCAAGGACUUUAAAGAUGCAGAAGAUACAUCAAUUUUUAAAUACAGAAGAUAUUAAACCCACCGGAGAAUAUGAUUACAAAUCCGAUCCAGAGACUGAUGAAGAGGGCGAUAAAACGAUUCAAUUUGAUGAAAUGCAAUUAAAGCAAGAAUCGAAUGCUUUUGAUGAACUUGUUCAAAGAACAGACUGUAAAAUUCUUACUCCCAAAAGACCUGUUUGUAACUUUGUUGACCAAAAAUCUUUAAGCAACUCCGACAUAAGUCCUACUAACGACGUUGCUUCAAAGGAUGAUAAUGCCGCCCGACCCGUAAUUGAACUCGAUGUUAGCGAUUCGGAAACUAAAGAACGUUCUAACAUUUCUAGUCAAUUUUUCGUUACUCUUAAAGAAAUCGAAGAUAGCCUUAAGGCUGAGGACGCCCUAAAAUCUGAGAGGGAAAGCAGAGCUAAAUUAGAACGUCUACGCUUUAAAAGCGAAAUAACGCCCAGUCAAAAUAAAACUGCCGAAGAUGAGCUGCAAAAAGAGAUCUCGAAAUCAAGCUUUGCGCGUAUGGAUGUGAUUGGACAAUUUAACUUGGGUUUUAUUGUAUGCAAAUUAGAUAGUGAUUUAUUCAUAAUCGAUCAGCACGCUACAGAUGAGAAAUAUAAUUUUGAAAUGUUACAACGCACGACGCACUUACAAUUUCAAACCUUAGCCUUACCUCAAACGCUGGAACUAACCGCUGUCAAUGAAAUGACGCUCAUAGAAAAUUUACCGGUGUUCGAAAAGAAUGGUUUUAAAUUUAGCAUCAAUUCAAAUGCGCCUCCAACCAAAAAGGUAAGCCUAUUAGGCAAACCGUUUAGUAAGAACUGGGAGUUUGGUAAAGAGGAUAUAGAUGAAUUAAUAUUUAUGUUACAAGAUGCUCCCGAGGGUACUGUAUGUCGUCCCUCGCGCAUUAGUGCCAUGUUCGCUUCAAGAGCUUGCCGCAAGUCCAUUAUGAUAGGAACAGCAUUAAAAAAGUCCACAAUGAAACAACUCGUACAACAUAUGGGUGAAAUGGAGCAGCCUUGGAAUUGUCCACACGGGCGGCCUACGAUGCGGCAUCUAAUAAACACAGCAAUGCUAUUGGAUACCGAAAUCAAUGAAGAUAAUUAAAAUUUUUAAGCUUUAACUGUAAAUUUCAUUUUUUAUUUUAUUUUAAUAAUCAUUUCAUACGCUUAUCGUUCGGA